AUGAACGCUCAUCACAAUCAUCAAGACCAACCAUUUGAACCACACGAAUCAUCUUUCGACGUUAUAAUAAUAGGCGGCGGCAUAGCAGGUUCAUCUUUUGCAAUAACGAUAUCCCAAUUACUUAGCUCCUCUGGUUCAACCACCACUUUUAGAAAAAUUCUAAUUAUCGAAGAAAAACCAAAAAAUCUUGGAACGUUUAAAGUUGGUGAAUCGUUACCUGGUGAGGCCAAGCCUGUGCUUCGAUCGUUAGGAGUGCUUAAGACGGUGGAUAAUGACACUAUUCAAGAAAAACAUCUCUUUUGCUACGGCAACAAAUCCGUAUGGGGUUCCACUAACAUAAAUGGUACAGAUUCUAUAUUCAAUCCAUAUGGCAAUGGGUUUCAUUUGGAUCGAUUAUUGUUUGAGGAAACUUUGUUGAAAACUACAGAAUUGCAAUAUGGGCAGAUUGUUAAGGUUAUUCGUGGGUUUGGUGUGACUGGUUUAUGUUUUGACUUUAAGGAUGAUUGUGCGGAAAAUACUAAGUGUUGGAAGAUUACAAUUUCGAAGUGUUCAAGUUUGAAUGACGAUAGUGCACGUGAGAUGCCAAAAAAAAUCUAUGGAAAAAUUUUAGUUGACGCAAGCGGUCGCCGUUGUUGCAUCCGAAAAUGCAUGCCGUCCCUAAAGCGGCAUUCAUUUGACAAGUUACUAGCUUUCGCCUGCCUAUUCGAAUCUGCCUAUCACAAUGGCUUAAAAGACAAUGAUCAUCACACUCUAGUAGAAUCCUGCUGCUAUGGCUGGUUUCAAACUAGUCGACUCCCCAACAAUCAACGUGUCAUCAUUUUCUUUACUGACGAUGAUUUGGUCAAACGACUUCCCCGGAGGAUAAGAGCGGUUGAUGAAUUUUUGGAUUUUUUGAGAGAGAAUACAUUGAAUAUUGAUAAAAUCUUGAAAGAGUUCGAUUAUAUGCCAGUUGGAAAUAGGAUUAUGUGUACGGCUGCGAAUUCGGAAGUACUUUCAGAAUUUGCAUCAAUCGAAAACCACUGGAUUGCAGUUGGUGACAGUGCAAUCUCAUUUGACCCACUCUCAUCUCAAGGAAUCCUAACAACUUUAUAUAACUCAAAACUUGGUGCUGAAGCUAUAUUUUUUCAAUUCUUAUAUAAUAGAAGCCCAAAAGAAUCGAGUAACAAUAACGAAAAUACUAAUGGUAACAUUCAGCCCUUUGACAUUUACAAACACCAACUCACCCAAGUAUUGACCAAAUACCAAAAAGAAAAAAAUUAUUUUUAUGUCAAGGAACAAAGAUGGGUCAAGGAGGUGUUUUGGAAACGAAGACAUUCUGAAUAA